UCAGCUUCACUCAGAGACUAAAUGGCUUCCAGAUCAGAGGAGGAUCUCUGCUGUCCGGUCUGUCAUGAGGUCUUUAGAGAUCCAGUUGUUCUGUCAUGUAGCCACAGCUUCUGUAAAGACUGUCUGAAGAGCUGGUGGAGAGAGAAACCAACACAUGAGUGUCCAGUUUGUAAGAGAAGAUCUUCAAGGACUGAACCACCUCGUAACCUGGUGUUAAAGAACCUGUGUGAGUCCUUCUUACAGGACAAAGAUCAGGGAGCUUCAGAGGCUCUCUGCAGUCUGCACUCUGAGAAACUCAAACUCUUCUGUCUGGACCAUCAGCAGCCAGUGUGUCUCGUCUGCAGAGAUUCAGAAAAACACACCAACCACAGAUUCAGACCCAUCGAUGAAGCUGCACCACAACACAAGAAGGAACUUGAGGAAACUCUGAAACCCUUAAAGGAGAAGUUAAAGGUUUGUGAAGAAGUUAAAGUGAAGUUUGAUCAAACAGCAGAACACAUUAAGGUCCAGGCCCAACACACAGAGAGGCAGAUUAAGGAUCAGUUUAGGAAGCUUCACCAGUUUCUAGAAGAGGAAGAGGAGGCCAGGAUGGCUGCUCUGAGGGAGGAAGAGAAGCAGAAGAGUCAGAUGAUGAAGGAGAAGAUGGAGGCUCUGAGCAGAGAGAUAGCAGCUCUUUCACACACAGUCAGAGCCACAGAGGAGGAGCUGAGAGCUGAAGACGUCUCAUUCCUGAACAACUACAAGGCUGCAGUGGAAAGAGUCCAGCGCUGCCCCCUGCUGGAUGAUCCACAGCUGCCCUCAGGAGCUCUGAUAGACCAGGCCAAACACCUGGGCAACCUGGCCUUCAACAUCUGGAACAACAUGAAGGAGAUGGUCUCCUACACUCCUGUCAUUCUGAAUCCAAACACUGCUGGUCUAAACCUGUCUGAAGAUCUGACUAGUGUGAGAUGUGAAGGAGAGAAACAGCAGCUUCCUGAUAAUCCAGAGAGGUUUGAUUAUUAUUACUCUGUCCUGGGCUCUGAGGGCUUUAACUCAGGGACUCACAGCUGGGAUGUCGAGGUUGGAGACAGUGGUCACUGGUUACUGGGUGUGUUAUCAGAGUCUGUUGAGAGGAAGGGACGCAUACAGUCUGGAUUAUGGAGAAUAAGGUUCUAUAAUGAUAAAUACUCAGCAUAUUCACCAUCAUCUCCCAUCACUGUUCUCCCAGUGAAGAAGAAGCUCCAGAGGAUCAGAGUGAAUCUGGACUGGAACAGAGGAAAUCUGUCGUUCUCUGAUCCUGAUACUAACACACACAUACACACCUUCACACACACUUUCACUGACACACUGUUUCCAUACAUUUACACUUGGUUCACUGCUCUGAGAGACCUGCCGCUGAUGGAGAACCCCCACACUGAGGGGGGGUCCCAGGACUACUACUCCAUCCACAGGACACAACUGCAGGUGGAUCCUGAUCAUGUGACGUCUGUCAGACUGAUCCUGAAGCAGCCGUCUGCAGCCUGGUUGAGCUUCAGCCUGGAGGACAUUAAGAUCUACCCCCACAUGGAGCCGGAUCCAGAGAAGGAGGUUUCUGAUUGGCUCUCUGAUCUGACCCUGAUCGACCAGCAUCCUGAUCUGGAGGGCCUCCCGGACCCUCAGACGGUCUCCUCCAGCCUCCAGCAGAUGUGGGCUCUGACGGAGGUGAUGCAGACCAACCAGACCACCGCCUCCAUCGGCCGCUUCGACGUGGACGGCUGCUAUGAUAUCAACCUGCUGUCUCUCACAUGAACCACACAGG